AUGAAUUCGUCAGAUGUUGAUUACUCUGAGGAGCAUCCUCGAAAAUUGAUUCCCAAGCUAUGCAAACAAUUUUAUGAGUUAGGAUGGGUUAGUGGAACCGGUGGUGGUAUUAGUAUAAAACUUCAGAAUAAAAUUUACAUUACACCUUCUGGUGUACAAAAGGAAAGACUUCAUCCUCAAGAUUUGUUUGUUCAAAAUAUUCAAGGUGAAGAUUUAGAAUUACCUCCUCCAGAAAAAAAAUUUAAAAAAAGUCAAUGUACGCCUUUAUUUAUGUGUGCUUAUACAGCGAGAAAUGCUGGGGCAGUCAUUCAUUCACAUUCGAAAUCAGCUGCUUUAGUAACUCUUUUAUAUGAUAAAGAAUUUAAAAUAAGUCAUCAGGAAAUGAUCAAAGGAAUUUGGAAUGACAAAUUGAAAAGAAAUCAUUUGUAUACAGAAGAGCUUAUUGUUCCGAUUAUUGAAAAUACUUGUUGGGAAGAAGAUUUAAAAGAUAGUUUAGCUGAAGCCAUUGAAAAAUAUCCUCACACAUGUGCUGUUUUAGUUCGAAGACAUGGAGUUUAUGUUUGGGGAGAAACUUGGGAAAAAGCGAAAACUAUGUGCGAAUGCUACGAUUACUUAUUUGAUAUAGCAAUCGAGAUGAGAAAAUUAGGAUUAACUAAAUGUCCAGGCGAUGAUUUGCAAAAAAGUAAUGGAACAAAAAAAAAUCAUUAA